CCGCCUGCCUUCCCCGACGCCGCGGCGACGCUGCCGGCCUGCGGCCACCACGUCCCGAACACGGCGCUCUCCAUGCUGUCCCUGGACAGGGCCCGCGCCGUGCACGGCGCUGGAGAGACCGUGUCCAUCCGGCUCACCGAGGCCAUCAAGGAGCAACCGGACAGGCACUUGCAGGCAGUGUCCAGCGAAGGCGAGGAAGGUCGGUGGACCAUGGUGUUCGACGAGGGCUUCGAGGUCCGCAUGAGCGGAGGCCUGUCGUUCUUCGCGCACUUCAGGUUCGAGGCUCUCCAGGGCACCUCCCCGGAGAACGGCGACCGAUGGUCCGACAUCGCCAGGUACUUCGGCCGCAGCCCCGAGGGUAUAAAGAUAGAGCCCCAGGGCGACACCUACGCGUCCUAUUGCAACGAGACCUCAUCUGGCUGGUGGCAUCGGCGAGGGACCGGGGGCGAGCUGGAGAGCGGCUGCUUCUGGGCGGCGAAGCGGCAGGAGGGCGGCGGCGCGGCCCCGCCCGUGAGCGUGGUGCGCCUGGCCGGCCCCGGGGGCCCCAAGGCGGCGUCCAUGGCCGUCCGGGCCUCCAGGGCGCACGCGGCCGCGGGCGUCUGGGAGAUCGCGGACCUGCGCGGCCCCGAUGCCAAGGCCAAGGAGGUCCUGCGCCUCGAGCCCGCUGAGCCCCGAGUGGCGCCCGUGCGCUCCGGCCCCGCGGGGCCCGGCCGCCCGCCGGCGGUGGCGCUGCGCGGCACGGCGCCCAGGAACGUCUCCGCGGGCGACGCGGGGGCCCUGCCGAAGUCCUGGGACUGGCGGAAGGAGCUGGCGGGCAUGCACGCGGGCGAGGCGGACGACCUGUCCGAGCAGUUCAGCCAGGGCAACUGCGGUUCGUGCUACGCCUUCUCGGGCGCCCAGGUCCUACAGAUGCGCUUCCGCAUCCGACUGCUGCGGGAGCACGGGGUCCUGUACCCGCUGGAGCUCUCCUGGCGGAGCGCGACGCGGUGCAGCCCCUACACCGAGGGCUGCAACGGGGGGUUCGCCUACCUCGCGUUCAAGCAGGCGGCCGAGACCGGCUUGCCGCUGGCGGAGUGCGAUGCGAGCAUCCCUCCCGAGAAGCUGGACGACUCUUGUGACUGGUCCUGCUACAGGAACAACGACAUGCUCUUCUACGCGAAAGACUAUGGGCAGACGGGGGGGUUCGCGCAAGGCGCGACGGAGGA